UAUAUUAUCAUCACACACACCCUAGAGCCUCAUCUUUCAUCUACUUGUACUUUUGAACCAACUUUUCCCAUACCUUAUUAUUAUCCUACCAGAGCUAGUAUUUAUGCCAUUAUCAUCUCCAUCCCCCUCUUCUUCUUCUUCAUCCUCUAACCCUCCUUUCUUCUCCUCCCUACUGGAAAACAUAGACAAAACUUCCAUGGAUUUGGGUCAACCUUCGUCUGAUCAUCUUUGCUAUGUCCGCUGUAGCUUCUGCAACACUGUUCUUGCCGUCGGAAUUCCAUACAAGAGAGUGUUGGAAACCGUGACAGUGAAAUGCGGGCAUUGCAGCAACCUUUCCUUUCUCAGCACUAGGCCUCCUUUCCAGCCCCAGUGCUAUGAUCAUCAUCCUAAUCUUCAGGGAUCAUGCAAUGGAUUCAAGAGGGGCCAACCAUCGUCUUCCUCACCAACAUCUGCAGAACCAUCCUCUCCCAAGGCUCCUUUCGUCGUUAAACCUCCUGAGAAGAAGCAUAGGCUUCCAUCUGCCUACAACCGGUUCAUGAAGGAGGAGAUUCAGCGCAUCAAAGCAGCCAAUCCAGAGAUACCGCAUCGUGAAGCUUUCAGUGCUGCAGCGAAAAAUUGGGCAAGGUACAUCCCAAACCCGUCAAGCAGGUCCACUUCAGAGAAUAACAUCAAUGUUUAGAGCUUUGAGGACGCAUGAAGCAAGUUUGGGGUUUCAUGAGAAAUUAAUUAAUUCACGAAGGGCUCAGUUCAAUUUGUUUCAUGUUUCAACUUUUUAUUGUAUCCCUUAGUUGUACUGUCUAACGACUUAUCAAUACUCCGUAUAAUUUAGUGAAAGUAGCUCGAUUAUUGUAUCACCAACUACUACGGAAUAUUAUUUAUCAUAUCCUUUCAAGAUCUUCGCUCGUUUUAAUUGAAAAAGUUUCUUGUGUUAUUGAUUGAUGAUAAUGAAGAUGUUUUUAAUUGUAUUUGAA